ACUCAUCAAGGGGCAACACAGUCUGCGGAGGCCGAGGCCGAGUGGAAGAGACAUCGCUAGCUGCGGAGGCCAGGAACUGGACCGACCACCAGGGCCGAGUGGGGCAUGUCAGGCCAGAUGAGAUGAUGGGGGCUAGUGUCAACGAUUACCGUAGGCUACUGUCCCUAUUUUAUCUUCGUCAUGGCGUCUAAGUUCCCAAAAAAGAAGGGUGGAGAGGACGAGCUUCGUACAAGGAAAGGUCAUGACAUGAAAUGGUCAUGUGACAAGCAUGGUGAGCCAAUCAAAUUUUACUGUAAGAAACACAAAAUUCCUAUUUGUCAUCCAUGCGCUACCAAAGAUCACAGUCAAAAACCAUGUCAGCUAGACGACAUCGAGGAUGUCAUCUUCGAAAGGAGGAGACAGCUUGAUGAAAAACGGCCAAAAAUACAGGAACUUCAGAAACAAUUGGACGCCCUCAAUGGGAAAAUAAAGACUGUGUCAACGUCUGGAAGUACUCAUCUUCGGAAAAUUAACAACAACAUUCAAGAUUCAUAUCACGACAAGAUCGAAUCUGUUGGAGAAAAGGAGAACAGGAUGAUUAGGGUUAUUAACGAGGAGGCAGAUGAGGAAAUAAGACUCGUAAAUGAGAAGAGAGAAAAACGGAUCAAGGAUUGCAACACCGAGAGAGAAAAUGAGCGACAAAUCAUCAAAGACAAAAAAGCAAAACUUUUAUCAGAUGCAAAGAAAAUCAGCGAAGUUGUUUCUAAGAAGAUCAAAGAUCUUGCUAAUAAGAAUCAGCAUGUAAUAAACACUGUAAAGAACAUUGAAUCAACCAUCAAACGUAUAAACCAACAUGAUGAAACAUUGGUGAAUGAAGCUCCUCAAGUACUUGCAUCUAUUAAUGAAAAUUUAAGUUUGAAUGUUCAUCAAGAUGAUAGCGACUGUCUUGACCGAAUACAGAGUGAAGUUGAUAGAGUGAAGUUUGUAGAGGGGGAAGUAGGUGGAGAAUACUAUGGUAGAAUUGAUGGAUAUAUUGGUAAAUGGGAACUUGUCAAAUCAAUCCACAUUCCAUCGGUUGUUAAUAAGCCGUGGGUGCGUGGUUUAGUCAGUGAUGAUGAGAUAUGUGUGCAAGACGUAGAUAACAAUGACAUGUAUAUUACAAAUAUCAACACUCAACACACAGAGAAAGUCAUUGAUGGAGGUGUGCGUGUUACAUCAUGUGCGCCCAUAGACAGUAACGUAAUUGUAUGUGGUAAGAGGAGAGAAGAUUGCACGGGUGACAGGUUGGAUGGAUGCAUCACUCUCUAUGACAGACAAUGGAAGGUGAUUAGAGACAUCAGCAUACCAGGGAAUGGAGACGAUUAUAAUAGUGUGGAUGUUGAUGUUGACAGGGAUGGGAUGAUCAUCGCUGGUGAGUACUAUCAGUCUAAUAUCUACGUCAUCAAUCCUGCUGAUGAUAAGAUAGUAAACACUAUUACGAUGCAGGGUAAGGAGGUGUGGAAUGAGAUACAAGACUUGUCAUCAGGUGAUAUCGUUGUGAAGACAGGUGAUGAUGAAUUCACUGUCAUCUCACGAUCAGGAGAAGAGAAGACUGUCAUACACUGUGAUGAGUGGGACGUAACACAGUGUCGCGUUGACAAACUGACAGACACACUCUACAUCGCGUACUGGGAUGAAGCGCGUAAUACCAUCGCAGUUGAUCAGGUGUCACGUGAUGGUAUCAUCCAGACAAGGAGGAUCGUGGAAUACGAGCAAUCAGAUCGCACUAAAUUCAUGAGCCCUUAUCUCGUUACUCCUACUGGUAACUUUAUAGGGUGUGAUGGAGACAAACUUCUUAUCUACAAGAAGACAUUCAUCUUGUAAAUCAUCUAGACUAUCAAAGGAAUGAUAUCGGAUUUGUAAGAGAAAUAUAGACCAGAGGUUUGCUUUUACUUUUAUUUUUAUUUCAAUUUACAUCCUUCAAGCUCUAUGUACGUGACUACAUUCAUAUACGCAUGGUCACGGUGUUUAAUGUUGUAUCAAUCCAUAUUAAAUAAAAAGCGGUCGUUAAUUUAUUUAUCUGUCUAGAUUAGGUAUGUAAUGAAUAUCCUCAGAUCCAAAUAAAUAGUUUACUCGUAACAUGAGCAAAAUAAAUACAAAUGUGUUAACGAAUUGCCUACUUGAACCAGAUAGUUACUGUAGAGUCUUUCAAAUGACCGAGUUCAGUAUUAAAGGGGAAUGAAUUCUUUGGAAUAGGUAGGCUUUGGUCGAAACAGAAAAGUAAAAAAAAAACAGAUCAACGAAAGUUUUAGAAAAAUGGGACAAGCAAUGAGAAAGUUUUGAGCAUUCGAAUAUUGCAAUCCUCCAAUUGGCAAUGCAACAAGGAUUUGUGAUGAACAAAUUUCCCUUUGAUGGACUAUAAAAUACCCCAAAAUGUAUCUCGUUGCUCUUUCUUAUGGUGAUACAAACUCUUUAUCCAUGAUUUAAAAAUCUGUAUUACAAGCCCUCCUAUAGAAAGAACACGUGAUCUAGUGAUACAUGUGAUAAAAGAGGUAAUUUAAGUGAAAUAUAUACUAAAGUCAUGGGGAGAGUUGCUGAUUACUAUAUAAUUGUUUCCCCAUAUGACAUUAUCAUCUUUCACAUUGGCUACCUGACUAGAUAAUCUAAAGUAACAAUCAUAUGGAAAUGAAACAAAAAUAGUAAUGAUAGUUAUUUGUACUGACGUAAUGUAAUGAUGUGUGUGCGCCCACUACGUUAAGUAAUGUUCAUCAACAUCAUGAAAUUAUGUCAAAUUAAUUUCAUUAUAAAGAUCAUAUGAAAAUAAAAACAUCCGAUAGUUGAUCGUACCGCGCUGUAAAUAAAUAAAGCAGGAACAUAUAUAUCAGACAGAAUUAGAUAAUUUGUCAAAUAUCUGCCCAUAAUGUAGCUUUUGUUCGUGGUUUCAUGUUAAUAACUCAAUUCAAUUCAUUUGUUUAUUUCGUUUCUAUUUUAAAUUGUGUUUAGUGUGUAAACUGGAAGUCUAUUCCAGAGGCAUUAGCUAAAGUGAAUAUUUUUUAGAUGAAAAUGGUUGUAUUCUUCUGAUCAUAAUUGAUUCAAAUUGUGUGGUUAUUCGUAUACAUCUACCCCCCCCCCCCCCCAUCUCUCUUUUAACCCCUAAAUUACCCCCUUGUACUGUGUAAUACGACACGGAUAUCCAUGUUGCUGCAAUAAGUUGUAUAUAAAUCGUUAUUGUCUAGGGUGUGUUGUUUUAAGGUAGGAGUAUAU